CUGUUCCAUGUUGUGGUUGACAAUGAAGUAACCAGCAAGAAGCUGCUUCAGAAAGGUCAGCUCCAGCGCCGUUGCACGAUCAUUCCUCAAAAUAAGAUUUCAACUAGGUCUUUGUCCAACAAUGUCAUUGCUAAGGCUGAAGAUCUGGUUGGCAAAGAAAAUGUGAAUUUAGCACUAUCGCUGGUGGGGUAUGAAGAUGAAGUCAAAACAGCCAUUUCCUCUAUCUUUGGUACCACUUUUAUUUGUGAAACCGAAGAGCAAGCUAAGAAGGUGACUUAUGAUCCAAAAGUUAAAUCAAAAACUGUGACAGUAGAAGGUGAUAUCUUCGACCCAUCUGGAACAUUAACUGGAGGUAAACUUAAUCAAUUGAUACUCAAAAAGYGUUCCCUGCUUAUAAGAGUCAGUACAUGAA